ACAGGUGCUUGUUAUCUCCCCUGUUCCGGGUUGCUAACCAAGCAUUUACUGAAAAUAGGCUGAUGGAUUAUAUUUAGUUUUAGUUUUUGAGAGUUUGAAUGAAUGGGAGCUGUGUGAUAAGUUAGAUUCAAGAUGUCUUCAUUAAGCUCUAAAACCUCAGGCAAGAGAAUGAGUGGUCAGAGAGCCUCAUCAUUUCAGCUGAAGUCUGGGGAUAAACUUAUUAAGGAUGCUAAACCAAAGCAAAAAUUCAAGACAAAAGGAGCAGCAUUGGUGGUGAGUGAGAAGGAUAAAAAUUACCGCAGUAAUGUUAAGAAAGAAAAGCCAAAAUAUUCCCAAGAUGCAACGCGCAAGUUUAACGUGAUGCUACAUGGUGAUUUGAAAGAUUUACCUCCCUUGCCUAAAACUAUGGUCAAGAUUUUUCUCAGCUCAACAUUUUCAGAUAUGCGUGCAGAGAGGAACACAUUGGUACGAGAGGCAUAUCCCCACCUGCGUGAUUACUGCGCUUCGGUUGGCCUUGACUUUCAGGUUGUGGACAUGAGAUGGGGUGUUACGGAGGACAGCAUCAAUGAUCACUCUGUAGAGAAGUUGUGUUUACUUGAAGUAGCAAAUUGUCAAAAAACAUCAGUUGGGCCAAACUUUGUGGUUUUGUCUGGGGAUCGUUAUGGUUUCCGUCCUAUACCAGUAGAAUUAAAUGUUAAAACAUUUGAGAGGUUGAGGUAUGAGGCAGCCAAGCUGAACUUGGAGAAUAGACAACUUCUAGAGGAAUGGUAUAAACUAGACGAGAAUGCUGUUCCAAAUAUGUACAUGCUUCAGCCAAUCAGAUCAAAGUAUACAUUUUUUGCUGAUUUUUCACCUGGAUGUGAGGAGCCCCGGAUAAAGGACACUGCUGAUUGGUGGAAUACAUUUGAAGCAUUACAGAACAUUCUCAGGAAAUCUGCUGACUCAGCAUUCAAUGAUGGGAAAAUGACGGCUGAGGAAAAACAUCAGUAUUUCUUAUCAGUGACAGAAUGUGAGAUUCAAGAUGGUAUACUAAAAGCACUAGAUGUUGACAAACAUUGUCUGGUAUAUAAAAGAAGAUUCAAAAUACUAAGUGAUGCAUCCCUACAACUCAAAGAUAUUCCAAGGUUUAUAGAUGUCAUUAAAACAGAUAAGGUAGUUAUAUAUUGUACAGAAUUAACUUAG